AUGCCUUCUCUUGCUCAGACCCUCCCUGUUAUGGCUGCCCUAGCCGUCGGGUCCGUGAACGCUGCUAUGGGCCCUGCUUUUAGCACCGGACCUGUUUCUGACGACACCUUCAUCCGGGAGGCAACUUCCACUCUCGUCCUUCCCAAGGCACCCAGCGGAUCUUCUGGAGAUGCCUCCCUUUGGGUCGGUAUGGGCACCUCGAACGGCGAUUUGGUCCAGUCGAUUGCCGACAACUGGCAAUCUGAUGAUUGGAGUGUUUACGCCUACACACUGCUGAGUACUGGAGCCAACACACAGAUGCCUGUACAGGGAGAUUCCUCCACUGCCUCAGCUAGUGAUCGGGUCACAAUGCACUACAAAUUCGACGACAACAGCGGAAACUACACCCAGACUGUUUCGGUUAACGGCAAGGCCGUCUCAACACUGUCUACUAGUGACGGCAAAGCCCAGGGCUGGGGCAGCUCUGUGGAGUGCGCUGAAGACAACUGUGGAACUGUCGGUGCUCACUCGUGGACCAACACCAAGAUUAUUUUGGAUACCGCCGACUCUAACUACAUCAACACCAUGGCAAAGGGUGAAGGUGUCACUGGAGAGAUGACGACCAGCGAUGAUGGCAAGACUUGGACUGUGACUAAAAUUGAGAUCCCUGAGUUUUCUUUUGGACAGUCUUCGUGA